CAUGAUGCAGAUCGGCUCAACAGUUCCGGCACAAAAUCUUCACAUAUUUCAGGCAAGACGUGCCGUUAACUGUAAUGGGUCGUCGGUGAAACCGGCACUAAAAGCUUGUUUAUCGAAGAAGAUGAUGAAAGCUACCAGUUUAUCGACCACCAAAUACACCCGAGAACACCUCUCGAAUCUUGAAAAAUUAAUAGGUACAGAACCUCAGUUGAUCCAAUCGAAGCCUAAAGUGGUUCAGAGAGAUAGUUCCGAUAAUGGGUUGCCGGAGAGUAGAGGAAAAGGUCUCUUGGAAGGGUUGAAUUUGCCCCAGAUUUGGCCGGAAAACAAGGCCGCCGAGGAGAUGUCUCCCCGACACCUCAACCGGCUCCGGCGGCUGUUGUCCAAAAACGGAAUCGAAUAUUCUCCCCGGAACAGCCUGGCUUCCAGGUGGAGAGAGUAUCAUGGGAGCAAUAAUUGGGCGGGUUUACUCGACCCCCUUGACGAGAAUCUCCGGCGAGAAAUGGUCCGGUACGGCGAGUUUAUUCAGGCGGCGUACCAUUGCUUCCAUUCUGAUCCCGCCACCUCCGGCAAAGAAGCUCCUUCGCCUCGCCAAGUGGCGGUGCCCGAUAGGUCUUAUCGGGUAACCAAAAACCUGUAUGCCACCGCAUCGGUUGGGUUACCCGAAUGGGUCGAUAAGGUGGCACCAGAUCUCGAUUGGAUGACUCAACGCACGAGCUGCGUCGGUUACGUAGCAGUGUGCGAUGACCAACGCGAGAUUUCUCGGAUGGGUCGAAGGGAUAUAGUGAUAUCCCUUCGAGGAACUGCCACAUGUCUUGAAUGGGCUGAAAACAUGCGAGACCUACUAGUCAACCUCCCAGCUAAGAGCAUCGACAGUCAUGGACAACCAAAAGUACAGUGCGGGUUUUUGAGUCUGUACAAGACGGCAGGGGCCCACGUCUCGAGCCUAGCCGAGUCAGUGGUUACCGAAAUCAAACGAUUAACCGAGCUUUACAAGGGAGAAAACCUUAGUAUCACAGUGACGGGGCACAGUCUUGGUGCAGCAUUAGCCUUAUUGGUGGCAGAUGAUCUCAGCACUUGCUCAGAUAACAUGCCACCAAUAGCAGUCUACACCUUUGGUGGUCCCCGCGUCGGUAACCGAGCAUUCGCAAAGCGUCUCAGUUCCCAAAACGUCAAAGUGCUACGAAUCGUGAACUCUCAGGACAUCAUCACUAAGGUUCCAGGGAUGUUUGUGAGCGAAGGGCUGGAUCAAAAGCUGCGGGAAUCAAAAAACGCGAACAAGGUGUUGAACAUUCUGGAUAACAACAUGCCGUGGGCAUACGCACACGCGGGGACGGAGCUGAGAGUGGAUACGAAGAACUCGCCGUACCUAAAACCGAACGCGGACGUGGCAUGUUGCCAUGAUUUGGAAGCAUAUCUGCAUUUGGUGGAUGGGUUUUUGGCAUCAAAUUGUCCAUUCAGAUCAAAUGCAAAGAGAAGCUUGGUGAAGUUGGUACAUGAACAAAACUCAAAUGUGAAGAAAUUGUAUACAAGCAAAGCAAAGGGGUUGAAGUUAAAUCCAGAAAGGGAUAUGAUGCAAAUGUCUAAUUGUUUGCCAAGUCCAUCAUAAUUAAUUAAUUAAUUAAUUAAUUUGUAGGACAUCUUUUAUAUAUCCUCUUUUUUUUUUUCAAGAAGGAUCAAUAUAAUCUUCUUGUUGAUAUCUA